AUGGAUAAAAGAGGAGGUGUGACAGAAACUGAAAAUGGUGAUGCUUUCCUGGAGCUGAACAGAGUUCCAACCAAGUACCCGCAUCGUUACACAAAGGAGGAACUGCUGGAUAUUAAAGAGCGUCCUUACUCUAAGCAAAGACCUUCUUGUCUUUCUGAAAAAUAUGACAGCGAUGGUGUCUGGGAUCCAGAAAAGUGGCAUGCAUCUUUAUAUCCGAGUUCAGGAAGAACUUCACCAGUGGAAAGCUUUAAAAAAGAUUUGGAUUCAGAUCGGACUUCUCUUAUGCGUAGGCUAGUAGAUCCAAGAGAGCGAGUGAAGGAGGAUGACUUGGAUGUAGUCUUAAGUCCCCAGAGGCGCAGCUUUGGGGGCGGCUGCCACGUCACCGCAGCCGUGAGCUCACGACGUUCUGGCAGCCCCUUGGAGAAGGAGAACGACGGUGUCCGCGUGAUCGGUGGCCGCAGGAUUGGCAGUGGAAGGAUCAUCUCUUCUCGUAACUUUGACAAAGACCACCGAGGGGGAGAAAAAGACAUACGUGAUUCCAGAGAUGCCAGAGACCGGGAUCGCGAGAGGGACUACAAGGAUAAGCGCUUCAGGAGGGAAUUUGGUGACAGCAAACGUGUCUUUGGGGAGCGAAGAAGGAAUGACUCUUACACCGAAGAGGAACCGGAGUGGUUCUCUGCUGGUCCUACAAGUCAGUCUGAAACCAUCGAGCUCACAGGCUUUGAUGAUAAAAUUUUGGAGGAAGAUCACAAAGGGAGAAAGCGCACGAGGCGGCGUACGGCCUCGCUGAAGGAAGGGAUAGAAUGCAAUGGUGGAGUGGCAGAAGAGGAUGAAGUGCAGACUGCUCUUGCCAAUGAAACUCCAGCAGAUCAAGAAGUUCCUAGGGAAGCCGUGUUACAAGAACCAGCUCCAGGAGAGUUUGAUUUCAAUGAAUUCUUUAACUUGGAUAAAAGUGUUCCUGGCCUGGCUUCGAUGAUAGAGGAUGUGCUGGGGGAAGGUUCAGUGUCUGCCAGCAGGUUCAGCCGGUGGUUUUCUAAUCCUAGUCGUUCUGGAAGUCGGUCGAGCAGCUUGAGAUCUACACCACAUGAGGAACUGGAGAGGCUUGCAGGUCUAGAGCAAGCCAUUCUCUCCCCUGGCCAGAACUCUGGAAACUACUUUGCUCCCAUUCCAUUGGAAGACCACUCUGAAAACAAAGUGGACAUCCUAGAAAUGCUACAGAAAGCCAAAGUGGACUUAAAACCUCUUCUCUCAAGUCUUUCAGCCAACAAGGAAAAGCUUAGAGAGAGCACACAUUCAGGAGUUGUACUUUCAGUAGAAGAAGUUGAAGCUGGGCUAAAAGGUCUGAAAGUGGAUCAGGAGGGAAAAAUUGCUACUCCAUUUAUGGCUGAGCAAAUGGAGGAAGCAUUAAAUGUUGCUGGCUCCAGACAGAUCAAGAAGGAUGGAGAUAUGACUGCAUUUAACAAACUAGUCAGCAGUAUGAAGGCAAGUGGGACUCUACCUUCACAGCCCAAAGUCAAUAGCCUUGAGAGCCACUUAAUGUCACCUCCAGAGAUGCCAGGUCAACCUCUAUCAAAGAAUAUUCUGCAGGAACUUCUUGGUCCACCCAUUACUAGACCUUCAUCAAAUGUCUUAAGUGGCCUGAUAGGUGGCUUGGAACCCACAGCCUCUUUACUGACACAGAGGGCACCUUCUCCCCCCAUCACACCUGUGUUUCCAACUCGAGCUGCCUCUGCAGAUUACCUGCGCCACAGGAUAUCUUCACCCAUUGGGUUUGGACAAGGUUCUCAGCAAUUGCUUGGUGAUCCAUUUCCAGGUGUAAGGAAGCCCAUGAGUCCAGUUGCUGCACAGAUGAAUCCUCUGGAAAUACAGCAGGCUGCAUUAGAGGGACUGGCAUUACCACAUGACUUGGCCAUACAGGCAGCAAACUUCUACCAGCAUGGCUUUGGUAAACCACAGAUGGACAAAACCAGAGAUGGCUACAGAAACAGGCAGCAGCGAAUGACCAAGUCACCUGCACCAGGACACAGAGGGAAUGCAUCAUCUCCAGCCCCUACAGCAUCCAUUACUAGCAUGCUGUCUCCUUCCUUUACACCUACCUCGGUGAUUCGCAAGAUGUAUGAGAGCAAGGAGAAAAGCAAAGAGGAGCCAGUUUCUGGGAAAAUGAAAGUUGGUGAUGGCAAAGAUGAAAAUCAGAGGCCAAAUGAAGAUAACCUACUGUCUAGUUCUGUGGAGAAUGCAGAUCAAGAAACUUUGCCCACCUUAGGUACCAAACUACCUGCACUGCAGCGCUCUGCAUGUUCCACACCUCUUGCCCAAGCAAAUCGUUGCACCAAAGAGCAAGACUACAGGCCUAAAUCAGCUGGUAGAAAGACUCCUACAAUGGCCUCCCCAAUACCAGGAGGCCCUUUUCUUCGUCCUGUUCAUCAAGUACCCCUUGUUCCCCAUGUACCAAUUGUACGACCUGCUCAUCAACUGCAUCCAGGAUUGGUCCAGAGAAUGCUGGCGCAGGGGGUUCAUCCGCAGCACCUCCCUCUACUGCAAGCAGGUAUGCUUCCUCCUGGGGUGGACCUGUCUCACUUGCAGGGAAUAUCUGCUCCCAUCCUUGGCCAACCUUUUUACCCACUACCAACAGCCAGCCAUCACAUCUUGAACCCACGCUCUGGGACACCUUUGCAGCUUGCCAUGAUGCAGCAGCAGCUGCAGAGAUCAGCUUUACAUUUCACAGGCACUGGAGCACAGGGAUCACCAGCUGGUGCACAAACAACCCCUCAGAAUGUGCUGUCUCGGACUGGAUUAUCUCAUGGGCACUCACAGCUUGACCAUCGCCCCAGCCAGAGAAGUGGGUCUCCCAUUGGCCUUGCAAAGUGGUUUGGUUCAGAUGUUUUGCAGCAGCCUCUCCCUUCCAUGCCAUCCAAAGUCAUCAGUGUAGAUGAACUGGAAUAUCGUCAGUGA